GAUUUCAGGUAGGACUUUUAUCUGGACGGAACACAACCUUGGAUUGGUACGCUUCCGUAUUUAAAAAAAACAUCAUAAUUACACAUUUAUAAAAAAAUCGGUUAGAGAUUAUACUGAUUUUUAUUCUACGCUACAAAGUGAAGAACACAAUGCUGUUUACUUAAGGUCUAUUUGUAAAUAAAUUCGUGAGACCGAUCCGACCGGUAACAAGUUCAGUUGUCAGUCACCGGUAAGGCAAGAACCCAGGAUUGUUUUUUAUGGCAGCUACACAUUUCACCCCAGCAGUGAGAUUUCUUGGAUCCUGCUACAAACAGAGACUCUUGACCCCACACCUGUCUGUGGGAUGGAGGGCUAUCUCUGGAGGAGAGUACAGACGGCCAGGCCAGACACAGGACAACACCCCCAUAUGGAAGAAGUUUGACUUCAAUAAAGGUGUGGAGGGGAUACGAAAGCAUUUCACUCUGCUGAAGAAUGAGUUUCUGGGCCGCUGGACAGGGCCAGAGGGAAAGCCACUGAUUGAACAUAUCCUGGAACAGACCAGGGUGAUCUGGGAGUUCAGAGGGCCAGAGAGCCUGGAGCAGUGGACAGUGUCUUCAGACCAAGAGAUCGGCGGGAGGAGUGAGGCCUAUCUGAAGCUAGGCAGGAACAACGCUACAUGUCUGAUGUAUGGGACCCUCUGUUCUGCUCCCCCCAGGGACGGAGAGACACGAUAUAGUGGAUACUGCACUCUACGUUCCAAACCGCCCAUGGGUUCGUUUGACAGUAAGAAGCAUCACGAUUGGUCCAGCUUCAACACCCUGCACCUGCGUAUCCGUGGGGACGGGCGACCAUGGAUGAUUAACGUCGGUGCGGAGACCUACUUCUCACACCAGAAGGACGACAUGUACAGUUACUUCCUGUACACACGGGGAGGACCUUACUGGCAAGAUGUCAAGAUUCCAUUCUCAAAAUUCUUCCUCUCUAGUCGCGGGAGGGUACAAGAUGAUCAGCAUCCUCUCUGGUUGGACAAAGUUAACACCAUAGGAAUAACGUUGGGUGAUAAGGCAGACGGUCCAUUUCAACUGGAGAUUGAUUUCGUUGCCGUGUGUAACGACCGUGCACACACAGAGGAGUUCGCAUAUGAGGUAUACAAGAGGAACCCUGAAGUCUGAAGACAACAAGCAUCACCUACCAAGUCCCCCCCCCAAAAAAGUCUGCUUCAGGAAAUGCCAAAUUUACUACAUGUAUUUACAAUUCUGGAAAAAGUACAACAAACUUAUACGCACUGUAAAACAUGUGAAUUACAGAUGACCAAAAUAUUUAACAUGUUAAUGUGAACAAUAAAAGUACAUAACAUUGUAAUAGUGAAGUUGUUUGAGGAACUACAGAGGAAAAUUGAACAAUCAUAACAGUACAGAGGACAGAUGCAGUAAAAACAGGGUCUAAUCUUUACAGAAGAGUGGGGGGGGGGGGGGGGG